AUGCAAAAGGCAAUGAAAAGCGCAGAAUAUAUAAAAGCUAAUAAUGACUGGUUAGAUGCCCAAGCCAACGCUAAAGCAGCCCAACUUAUAGGGUCAAUAAGGACAAAAAUACAAGCGGAUGAAGACAGUUCAAAUGAAGCUUUAAUGAAUGCUGACUUUAAGAAUGCCUUCGAAGCUCUUCAUAGUAAGGUGAAACUAGUGAACGACUUCUCAUCUGGAAAGAAACUGAAGUCUGAAGGUUUCGACAAAGAGUUAAGAGAAGUAGCACAAAAUAUGACGAAAAUAACAGAUGCAGCAACGAGACAGGCAGUUCAAAGUGCCUAUGACGCCGUUAGAGCAACUGUUGUGGAAAGUCAAGAAAAAGAGUUACAACAGACCAAAAAAGACCUAGUAAAUGCUUUCUUAAGAACGAAAAGUCAGGUAGGACAUUAUGCUGCAGAUGGAACAUAUGUGCCAGCUGGUGGAACUUAUAUACCAGUUGGUGGAACUUAUAUACUAGCUAGUGGAACUUAUAUACCACCAAACCCUCCAAGAGAAGCACCUGCACCAGGACUACCUAAAACAUUUACAUCGUCACAUGGACACAGACACAAGCAUGCACCAAAACAACAACUAACACAGCAACCAACAGUUCAAAAUCCAGCACCACAACCACCUCCACAACCAGCACAACAACCACCUCCACAACCAGCACAACAACCACCUCCACAACCAGCACAACAACCAGCACAAACAGAGCAAGGACAUAAAAGAAGUAGAGAACAAGGAAACCAAGAAUUCUUAAAAAUGCUUAAGGAAAAUUAUGAUUACCCAGAUACUCUUGACUUUAGUGACAGAUAUAAAGAAGCUAUUAGAAAGUUCAAGGAAGGAAAUACUGACCCGAACCUAUUUAGCUUUAUGGUUCAGCACCAAAUGGGAUAUAAUUUCAAACCUGGAAAAUACAAGCUCGCUAAGGGAUAUGAUUUAAUAGCAUAUCAUCCAAAUGACAUGACUGAAUUUACUCCGAGAUAUUUGGUGUCAGAGAUAAAUGAUGAUUCAACUAUCUUCAUGAAACGCGUAAAAAAUAGAGACGGAACGAAAGAAGAAAGGGUUAUGAAUGCGGAUGACUUAAAUAGGGAACUUGUUAAAAACGGUCUCGGAAUAUAUGAAAUGCCACCAGAUGAGGUACAAGAAACUCCACAGGAAGAAGUUCAGAUACAACCAGACAUGGAAGAAAUAGUUCAGCAACAACAGCUAGAAGAGCCUGAAGGAAACGAACAAGUCCUUCCUUUGGAAACUAA